AUGGCACACACAACGAAAAUGGAGAGCAUCCAAGUUGUAGAAGAAUGCAAAAGCCCUACUGCAGAGGAAAUCAUAUCUUGGUCUCACAAUUUUGAUAAAAUGAUGAAAAGUCCUGCUGGAAGAAAUCUAUUCCGGGAAUUUUUACGCACAGAAUACAGUGAAGAAAAUCUUCUCUUCUGGCUGGCAUGUGAAGACUUGAAGAAUGAGCAAAACAAGAAACUGAUUGAAGAAAAGGCUAGGAAUAUAUAUGAAGAUUACAUUUCUAUACUCUCACCAAAAGAGGUCAGUCUCGAUUCCAGAGUUCGGGAAGUAAUCAACAGGAAUUUACUGGAUCCAAACCCACACAUGUAUGAAGAUGCUCAACUUCAGAUUUACACACUGAUGCACAGAGACUCGUUUCCAAGGUUUUUGAACUCACAAGUAUAUAAGACUUUUCUUGAGAGUACAGAAAGCUCCACUACUGACUCUUAG